AUGGCUAUGUUUGGUUGGUCACUAGACUGGUCGGAAUUCAAAGACCCCCCUGUAAACGUACGGCCUCGGUUCCGCUAUUGGCUUCCUGACGCGUCGGUGGAAGUCGGCCCUGCAGUGCAAGAUGUCGCACGCGCAAAGCAGGUUGGCGCUGGCGGACUGGAGGUACUCGGCUUCUACGGAUACGAAACGACUCCAGGGUAUUAUGUUCCUGUUGACUGGUCAACCUACAGCUGGGGUGGCGAGGCAUGGCAAACAAUUUUCAAGGCACUUCUGCAGGCACACCGCGAAAACAGCCUGAUUAUGGACUUUGCCAUUGGGGCUUCUAUGGGGCAGGGUGUUCCGGCUGAGUUGGACAAUGAAGGUCUGGCAUGGGAUCUUACUUCGUUCAACUUUACCGUCCCGCUCGGCGGUUCGUUUGACGAGAAGAUACCCGGCUGGGGUCCAGGCAUUGAGCCGGCAGCUGGAAAGUUACUGGCUGUCAUUGCGGGCACGGCUGUUUCGUCUGUCAAUACAAGCAGCCCUGAGCCGGGUCUGCCUCAUGGGGCUCCAGCGCCACGGAUACAGGUAACGCUGGCGGCCGACAGUCUUGUUGAUAUCACGUCGAAAGUCUCCUCCGACGGUCAUUUAUCCAUCAACUUCCCCGAGAGUGAUGGUAUUGAGCACGUGGUAUUUGUGGUCUACGAGCACCUGUUCCAUCAUGGGGUCUACCAACCUCCCUCACUCUUGGGAGGCCCCCAGGGCAAGCCGACUAGCUUCUUGAAUAACGGCUCGUGGGUGGUAGACCAUUUCUCUGAAAAGGGAGCGCGUGUGACUACCGACUUCUGGGACAAGUACUUGCUCGGCAAUGGGACGCGCGAGCUGAUCGCAGAGGUUGGAAACUAUGCGUGGGAGGACAGUGCGGAGAUUCCCAAUAAGGUCUUCUGGACGCCCUCUUUGCCAGAGGUCUUUCGACGGCGGACAGGCGAUGAGAUCUCCAAAUGGCUUCCCAUACUCUUCCACCAGAAUGGGUACGGCUCCAGACUGGCGCCAUCUGUCUGGUGGAUUACGGACGAGCAGGACGCGGGAAAUGCGCAUAUCGCUGAUUAUCGAGCCACGCUCGGGGAAUUGCAGGGAAAGUAUCUCAAAGCACUGGGCGAGUGGUCGAAAUCGCUCGGCGUCGAGUUCUCGAACCAAGUAGGCUACAACAUGCCUGUUGACAUGGAAGUGAAGCAACGCAACAUUCAUUUAGUGGAUGCGCCCGAGUGCGAGAGUCUAGGCUUCAACAACGACAUCGACGCAUACCGCCAAUACGCCGGUCCUGCAAAUCUCGCGGGCAAGCGUGUCAUCUCCUCUGAAUUGGGCGCGGACUCCAGCUACGCCUAUCAACAAAAUUUCACGAGACUAUUGUGGGAAGUCAAUCGAUCGAUUGUUGGUUCGGUCAACCAGUUCGUGUUGCACGGCUUUCCGUAUUCAGGCCAGUAUCCUAACACCACCUGGCCGGGCAUCAAUACGUUUGUGUAUUUUUUCUCCGAAAUGCAUGGCCCGCAUCAACCUGGGUGGGACUACUAUCGACCUGCUCUGGACUAUAUUGCAAGACUGUCCGCAAUAUCUCAGACAGGUUCUGCCAAAAAGGACAUUGCAUUCUAUUCGAAGUAUACAACGUACCCGUCAGUGCCUCGGGACUACGCUCCUGAGGAUCUGAAUCAGGCCGGGUAUACCUACGAGUACCUGAGCCCCGACAACUUCGAUCUUCCAUCCGCACACGCCUCUGGCGGUGUUCUUGCUCCUGAACAGCAGGGCUUCAGAGCCAUGGUAGUCCGUUCUAAUGACAGCAUGACUGCUGAGGGAGUUGACCAUCUCGCUCAAUUCGCCCGCGCAGGGCUGCCGCUGAUAUUCUUCGGCGGCCCACCGUCCGGAUGCCUGGGGUUCAAUAUAAGCUGCAACGCACACGUUACCAAGACCAUCGACAGCAUUUCCCGCCUCAGUAAUGUCCACGUCGUACACAAUGGAGGACUGGCAGACACACUGCUGAAAUUGCAUAUCUAUCCACGAGCCCGUCUAACCACGCACAGCCCGUGGUUCACUCAAUGGCGACACGACCCGCAGACUGGCGUCGAUUACGUAUUCUUAUUCAACAACCUGGAGCGCUCGUCCUCAAAGCCCGUGCUCAGUAGCGGUUUCGUCGACUUCGAGACAAGAGGAACCCCCUACCGACUCGAUCCGUGGACAGGCCAAUACGCCCGUAUCCCCACGUACACGCGCACGAAGCGCACAACCCGCAUAUUCUUCGAGCUUGCCGAGGGCCAAAGUGUCCUCCUGGCCUUUACCCCAGAGCCGACGCGCAAUGAUCAACUCACGUUCACCGAAGGGCCCAUCCUCGAUAUCACCUUGCCGGCUCCUCUGUCGAGCAACAAGCCCAAUGCGACAACGGUCAAAAUAAGAAAUGGCGUGCCUGGUCGUCCGUCGCGUGCCUCGGUUACAGAGACAAAUGGAAAACGUCACUCGUUAGAAGUUCUCGUCGAGCCUUCUCGUCGCUUACAGGACUGGACACUCACCGUUGAACACUGGGACCCUCCCCAGGACCACUUUGAUACCUACGGGACCGUGAAAUGGAAUUCCACAUAUAGAGGAUUGAAGGACCUAAGGGCCUGGACGAGUAUAUCCGACGAGCUCCGCAACGCCAGUGGCCGCGGGUUUUACAGUACCACGUUUCAAUGGGGCUCCGGCGAAGAUGGAGAUGAUAGAACUACACAGAGCAGCGGGGCGUACCUCGAACUCCCUCCGAUUUCACACACGGUGCAGAUAUUUCUCAACUCACGUCUUCUUCCCGCGGUGGACAUAUACCGCCCAAUCGUGGAUAUAACGGCAUACCUCGUACACGGCAGGAAUAAGCUGGAGGUUAUCGUUGCAACGCCGCUUGGAAAUGCGCUUCGACCUGUCUGGAAGCGGCUGGUGACUGGCGGGCACUUUCUUGCCGAGGGGACGGAGAACAUCGCCCCUGUGCCGGUUGAGGCUGAGUACGGGCUACUGGGAGAGGUGGUAGUGGUACCUUUUGUGCAGUGCCAUUUGAGGGGUUCUGGGGGUGCGAGGCGAUGUGAGGAGUAG